GGUCGCCCGGGCUCUGGGCUGCGAGCGGCCGGCGGCCCACGCGCGGCGAGGCGUCACGGCGCCAUGGCGGCGUUCGAGCUCUACACAAAGUUUGCCAGGGUUUGGAUUCCUGACCCAGAGGAAGUCUGGCGGUCAGCAGAGCUGCUGAGGGACUACAGACCUGGAGAUAAAGCCCUGCUGCUGCACCUGGAGGAGGGGAAGGACCUGGAGUACCGACUGGAUCCAAAGACCAAGGAGCUACCUCACCUGCGCAACCCCGACAUCCUGGUCGGUGAGAAUGACCUCACGGCCCUCAGCUAUCUCCAUGAGCCCGCUGUGCUCCAUAACCUCAGAGUCCGCUUCAUCGACUCCAAACUUAUCUACACGUACUGUGGUAUAGUCCUGGUAGCUAUAAAUCCCUAUGAGCAGCUGCCUAUUUAUGGAGAAGAUAUCAUCAACGCGUACAGUGGGCAGAACAUGGGGGACAUGGACCCACACAUCUUCGCAGUGGCAGAGGAGGCCUACAAGCAGAUGGCCAGGGAUGAACGGAAUCAGUCCAUCAUCGUCAGUGGCGAAUCUGGGGCAGGAAAAACAGUCUCAGCCAAGUAUGCCAUGCGAUACUUCGCCACCGUGAGCGGCUCUGCCAGUGAGGCCAAUGUUGAAGAAAAGGUCCUGGCCUCCAAUCCCAUCAUGGAGUCAAUUGGAAAUGCUAAAACAACCAGGAAUGAUAAUAGCAGCCGUUUUGGGAAAUAUAUUGAGAUUGGUUUUGAUAAGAGAUACCAAAUCAUUGGUGCCAACAUGAGGACCUACCUUUUGGAGAAGUCUCGAGUGGUGUUCCAGGCAGAAGAGGAGAGAAACUAUCAUAUCUUCUAUCAGCUUUGUGCCUCAGCAAAGUUACCUGAAUUUAAAAUGCUACGAUUAGGAGCUGCAGAUCGCUUCCAUUACGCCAAGCAGGGGGGCAGCCCUGUGAUCGAGGGCGUGGACGAUGCCAAGGAGAUGGUACACACCAGGCAGGCCUGCUCGCUGCUGGGAAUCAGUGAAUCUUAUCAAAUGGGAAUUUUUCGAAUACUUGCUGGCAUCCUUCACUUGGGCAAUGUUGGAUUUACAUCUCGAGAUUCAGACAGCUGCACAAUACCUCCCAAGCACGAACCUCUCAGCAUCUUUUGUGACCUCAUGGGUGUGGACUAUGAGGAAAUGUGCCACUGGCUUUGCCAUCGAAAGCUGGCCACUGCCACAGAGACGUACAUUAAGCCUAUCUCCAAGCUGCAGGCCACAAAUGCCCGAGAUGCAUUGGCCAAGCACAUCUAUGCCAAGCUCUUCAACUGGAUUGUAGAUCAUGUCAAUCAGGCUCUGCAUUCUGCUGUCAAGCAGCACUCUUUCAUUGGUGUGCUUGACAUCUAUGGAUUUGAAACAUUUGAAAUAAAUAGUUUUGAACAGUUUUGCAUAAAUUAUGCAAAUGAAAAACUACAGCAACAGUUCAACAUGCAUGUCUUCAAAUUGGAACAAGAGGAAUACAUGAAGGAACAGAUUCCAUGGACACUGAUAGAUUUUUAUGAUAAUCAGCCUUGUAUUAAUCUUAUAGAAUCUAAGCUGGGCAUUCUAGAUUUGCUGGAUGAAGAAUGUAAGAUGCCUAAAGGUACAGAUGACACUUGGGCCCAAAAAUUGUACAACACACAUUUGAACAAAUGUGCACUCUUUGAAAAACCCCGUCUAUCAAACAAAGCUUUCAUCAUCCAGCAUUUUGCUGACAAAGUGGAAUAUCAAUGUGAAGGCUUUCUUGAAAAGAAUAAAGACACCGUUUUUGAAGAACAAAUUCAAGUUCUUAAGUCAAGCAAGUUUAAGAUGCUACCAGAACUCUUUCAGGAUGACGAGAAGGCCAUCAGCCCGACCUCAGCCAUGUCCUCGGGGCGCACACCCCUCAGCCGCACUCCUUCGAAGCCCACCAAGGGCAGGCCGGGCCAGAUGGCAAAAGAGCACAAGAAGACGGUGGGGCACCAGUUCCGAAACUCCCUCCACCUGCUCAUGGAGACCCUCAAUGCCACUACUCCUCAUUACGUGCGCUGUAUCAAGCCGAAUGACUUCAAGCUUCCGUUCACGUUUGACGAGAAGAGGGCGGUGCAACAGCUGAGAGCGUGUGGGGUCCUGGAAACCAUCCGGAUCAGUGCAGCAGGGUUCCCCUCACGAUGGACUUACCAGGAAUUUUUCAGCCGCUACCGUGUCUUGAUGAAGCAAAAAGAUGUGCUGGGUGAUCGGAAGCAAACAUGCAAGAAUGUAUUAGAGAAACUGAUUCUGGACAAGGACAAAUACCAGUUUGGUAAGACAAAGAUCUUUUUCCGUGCUGGUCAAGUGGCCUAUCUAGAAAAACUGAGGGCAGACAAACUGCGGGCCGCUUGCAUCCGGAUCCAGAAGACAAUCCGAGGGUGGCUGCUAAGGAAGAAGUACCUGCGCAUGCAGAGGGCAGCUGUCACCGUGCAGAGAUUUGUGCGCGGCUACCAGGCCCGAUGCUACGCGAAGUUCCUGCGCAGGACCAAGGCAGCCACUGCCAUUCAGAAGAACUGGCGCAUGUACGUGGUCCGCAGGCGGUACAGGAGGAGACGAGCUGCCACACUUGUUCUCCAGGCAUAUUUGCGAGGCCACUUGGCCAGAAGUAGGUAUCACAAGAUGCUCCGGGAGCACAAGGCCAUCAUCAUUCAGAAGUGGGUCCGGGGCUGGCUGGCUCGCACCCGCUACCAGCAAUGCCUACAUGCCAUCAUCUACCUUCAGUGCUGCUUCCGACGGAUGAUGGCCAAGCGUGAGCUGAAGAAGCUCAAAAUUGAGGCUCGCUCUGUGGAACGCUAUAAGAAGCUGCACAUUGGCAUGGAAAACAAGAUUAUGCAGCUGCAGCGAAAAGUCGAUGAACAGAAUAAAGACUACAAAUGCCUCAUGGAGAAACUGACUAGUCUAGAAGGAGCAUACAACUCUGAGACAGAGAAACUGCGAAGUGACUUAGAACGUCUCCAGUUAAGCGAGGAAGAAGCCAAGGUUGCCACUGGCCGGGUUCUUAGUCUGCAGGAAGAGCUUGCCAAGCUCCGGAAGGACCUGGAGCAAACUCGGUCAGAGAAAAAGGCCAUCGAAGAACGGGCAGAUAGAUACAAACAAGAAACCGAGCAGCUGGUAUCAAAUCUGAAGGAAGAAAACACCUUGCUGAAGCAGGAAAAAGACUCCCUCAAUCACCUUAUCAUGGAGCAGGCUAAGGAGAUGACAGAAACUAUGGAGAAGAAGUUAGUGGAAGAAACAAAGCAACUGGAACUCGAUCUGAAUGAUGAAAGGCUGAGGUAUCAGAACCUUCUGAAUGAGUUCAGUCGCCUGGAAGAACGAUACGAUGACCUCAAGGAAGAGAUGACCCUGAUGGUGAAUGUGCCUAAGCCUGGACACAAGAGAACAGACUCCACCCACAGCAGCAAUGAAUCUGAAUAUACCUUUAGCUCCGAGAUCGCAGAAACUGAGGACGUUCCAUUGAGGACGGAGGAGCCCAGUGAGAAGAAGGUGCCUCUGGACAUGUCACUGUUCCUCAAGCUCCAGAAGCGGGUCACAGAGCUGGAGCAGGAGAAGCAGGUGAUGCAGGACGAGCUGGACCGCAAGGAGGAGCUGGUGCUGCGCAGCAAGGCGAAGGAAGAAGAAAGACCACAAAUCAGAGGUGCAGAACUGGAGUAUGAGUCCCUCAAGCGUCAAGAACUGGAGUCAGAAAACAAGAAAUUGAAAAAUGAGCUGAAUGAGUUACGCAAGGCCCUCAGCGAGAAGAGCGCCCCAGAAGUGACUGCUCCAGGCGCACCAGCCUACCGUGUCCUCAUGGAGCAGCUGACCUCUGUGAGCGAGGAGCUGGACGUCCGCAAGGAGGAAGUCCUCAUCCUGAGAUCCCAGCUGGUGAGCCAGAAGGAGGCCGUGCAGCCCAAGGAUGACAAGAAUACAAUGACAGACUCCACGAUACUUUUGGAAGAUGUACAAAAAAUGAAAGAUAAAGGUGAAAUUGCACAAGCAUACAUUGGUUUGAAAGAAACGAACAGACCAUCUGCUCUGGAUUGCCGUGAGUUGAAUGAGGACGGAGAGCUGUGGCUGGUUUACGAAGGGUUGAAACAAGCCAACAGGCUCCUGGAGUCCCAGCUGCAGUCACAGAAGAGGAGCCACGAGAAUGAGGCUGAGGCCCUGCGUGGGGAGAUCCAGAGCCUCAAGGAGGAGAGUAACCGGCAGCAGCAGCUGCUGGCCCAGAACCUGCAGCUGCCCCCAGAGGCCCGAAUCGAGGCCAGCCUGCAGCAUGAGAUCACCCGGCUGACCAACGAGAACCUGUAUUUUGAGGAAUUAUAUGCAGAUGACCCUAAGAAGUAUCAGUCAUACCGGAUUUCACUUUACAGACGGAUGAUUGAUUUGAUGGAACAACUGGAAAAACAGGAUAAGACUGUCCGGAAACUGAAAAAACAGCUCAAAGUAUUUGCCAAAAAAAUUGGUGAACUAGAAGUGGGCCAGAUGGAGAACAUAUCUCCAGGACAGAUCAUUGAUGAACCUAUCCGUCCAGUCAACAUUCCCAGGAAAGAAAAGGAUUUCCAAGGAAUGCUGGAAUACAAGAAGGAAGAUGAGCAGAAACUUGUUAAGAACCUGAUUCUAGAACUGAAGCCACGGGGUGUGGCAGUUAACCUGAUUCCGGGAUUGCCGGCCUACAUCCUGUUCAUGUGUGUCCGGCACGCUGACUACCUAAAUGACGAUCAGAAAGUGAGGUCGCUGCUCACAUCAACCAUCAACAGCAUCAAAAAGGUGUUGAAGAAAAGAGGUGAUGAUUUUGAAACCGUCUCCUUCUGGCUCUCUAACACAUGCCGAUUUUUGCACUGUUUGAAGCAGUACAGUGGAGAAGAGGGCUUCAUGAAGCACAACACGUCCCGCCAGAACGAGCACUGCCUCACCAACUUUGACCUGGCAGAGUACCGGCAGGUGCUGAGUGACCUGGCCAUCCAGAUCUACCAGCAGCUGGUACGGGUGCUGGAGAACAUCCUGCAGCCUAUGAUUGUGUCAGGCAUGCUGGAGCACGAGACGAUCCAGGGCGUGUCCGGCGUGAAGCCCACAGGGCUGCGGAAACGCACCUCCAGCAUUGCUGACGAGGGCACCUACACACUGGACUCCAUCCUUCGGCAGCUCAGCUCCUUCCACUCGGUCAUGUGCCAGCAUGGCAUGGACCCUGAGCUCAUCAAGCAGGUGGCUAAGCAGAUGUUCUACAUCGUCGGGGCCGUCACGCUCAACAACCUCCUCCUGCGGAAGGAUAUGUGCUCCUGGAGCAAAGGCAUGCAGAUCAGGUACAAUGUCAGUCAACUGGAAGAAUGGCUUCGUGACAAGAAUCUGAUGAACAGUGGGGCCAAAGAAACCCUGGAGCCACUCAUCCAGGCUGCUCAGCUUCUGCAGGUGAAAAAGAAGACGGAUGAUGAUGCGGAAGCCAUCUGCUGCAUGUGCAACGCUCUGACCACUGCCCAGAUUGUCAAAGUGUUGAACCUGUAUACCCCGGUUAACGAGUUUGAAGAGAGAGUCUCUGUGUCGUUUAUCCGUACUAUACAGAUGCGUUUACGAGACAGGAAAGACUCUCCCCAGCUGCUCAUGGAUGCAAAGCACAUCUUCCCUGUCACCUUUCCUUUCAACCCAUCCUCCCUGGCCCUGGAGACCAUCCAGAUCCCUGCCAGCCUGGGCCUGGGCUUCAUCGCAAGGGUCUGAGAACAAUGAGCAGACAGGCAUGGACAGUGUAUUUCUUGCCUAGAUAAGAACCAUUACUCCCGGUGAGCAACUGAAAAUACCUUUUUCAAGCAAAAGUACUGAUUACCUCUCGAACAAGAAGGUAACCGGAAAUCCCCUAGGAUGUGUCAUCAUCUUGAAAAGAAGACGGCUCCUUCGUGCUGUGUGUGCUGAGAGCAGCCCGCAUGCUUGGUCAGUCAGGUGUUCUGAGUUUACACACAGCUGAGCGUUGCGGAAGGGAGGAAAGAAAAGGAGGGAAGCAAAAUGCAUUUGCUGCUGCCAGCAUUUAUUUUAAAUCCUUAGCACCGCACCUAAGUAGUAGAAAAAUGUAAAUUAUAUACACACACACACACACACACAUACACACAUACACACAUAUAUGUGUCUGUGAAUAUAUAGCUAUUGCUAGGAAGGCACCAACAUUGCUUCUCGGCCUUUUGGCUAAGUGUAGGAAGGCACCAACAAAGAACCUCUGCACUAAACCGAAGAACUGAAAGAAAAAUGGCCAUUGAAUACAUAUCGUGUCAGUGUAGGAAUCAGUUAUGUUGGUACUGUCAAACUGGAUCAAAGAAAUAAACUGGCAGUAUGUAAACUAACUUGUCAAGAAACAUCUUCCCUUGUGUGCCUGUGCCGUAGAUACUGAGAGUGUUGGCUUGCUAUACAGCAUAGGUGUCCACUUGUACUGUAGCUUGCUGAGCAUUUUAAAUUGCUGCUACAUGCCUUCUCCUUAAAUGUAAAUGAUAUUCUUAGUAAGUACUGCAACAAUAAGCUUCUCUUUUAUCAACUCGGUUUACAAUUCAAUCAGAUCAGUUUUUAGCUGGAUUAUAUGCAAAUAUCUACAGAUUCACCUGCAGAGGUAGCAGACACUGGGAGGCCAUGUCCAUACCACAAACGCUUGACACCUAGGGGUGAGAUUAGACAAGAUGGCUGUUGCUGGUGUCACUAUUUACUUGGGAUGUGUUCCAUUGCUGUGCAUGUUAGUUUUCCUAGGUGGUUAUUGCUUGGGGGCAGUGUUCUGUGAAGUAACUUACUUUCAUUCCUAGAUGUAAUCCCUGCAGUGCAUAUUUUCAACCUUGACAGGUUUUCUUUCUUCUUAAUUCAUUAAGAGUUAAUCUCAGUCAUUAUCUACAAAGGAGUGUCAGAAUAUUCAUGAUUCAGGUCUUGAAACUUUGAUUAUACUAUAAAUUAUGCAAAGGUGUAUAAUAAAUAUUUAGUUAUAAUUCAGUUUUUUAAGGCUCAGAAAUGUUUAUAAAUGUUCUCAGAUACCACUAGGUACUUUAAAAAGCAUCAUGUUAGAAAUAACUUAAGAAAACUUAUAUAAGAGCUAUAAGAAGAUUGUUGAAUUUUACAGAGGUUCAAUGAGACCCAGAUUCCUUUUUCUUGGAAAUUAAUUUUAUUGGUACAUUUUAGGUAUACGUAACGAUCACAUUCAUCAGAGGGAAUUUGUACCUAUCCUAUACAUGAUAUAUCUUCAUUCUUCUUUUUUUCCCAUUCUCCUCCCCUGCCUUCAAUCCAGAUUCUAUAUUUUCAUUCUGAAAUUCUAAAUAAACAUACUCUCCAUUUUACCUAAAAAUCUUUUACAAUAAAUCCUUCAGGAUUUACAAAAUUACAUCAUUAGCUUUCAUUAGAAAUUCUAGCUCUAAAUUACAGUCAUAGAUUUCCAUAGCUUAACUGUUAGAUGGCCUGUAAAAAUGACAUCUUAUUGAAAUAUGUGCAAUAUUAUUUACAGAAGUCAAACAGUUUCAAGUCAGUGAUAAAGGUUGUUAUUAAGAUAAACACUGGUAACUUAUUUGAGCCUCAGUCUGCUUUAAAGAGGUGAGAGGACUGGAUGCCUGAUUCUCAAGGUCCCUUCUGUACCUGGGGUUCUCUCCUUGCAGACUUGGUCCUGGAGAGCAGAGACUCAGCUUUCAGUCAGGGCUUGGUGCCCCCCACUCCCUUAGGGUUCCCGAAACACAAACCACAGGUUUACGUAGCCAUCAGCUUUCCUAAGUGUUCAUGACUCAAAGGCCUGCUGUAUCUGUAUUCUUUGGAUGUUCAUUAGUUUAAUCUUUAUUGCAGCAUAUACUACUCUCUUCCAUUUUCAUACUUGUAUUGAUUUGCAGUGACAACACAACACACUCCAUUGACAGCCUCACCUUCCUGGUUCAUUGUGGCUCCCAUGAGCAGUGAGCUCUGCCAGCCCUUGGGCGGAACGGAGUGUGUCGGGUCUAAGAGCACAGGUGGAGGGGUGAGAAAAUGUGUCCACCUGGGCCUGCCACCCUCCAGGGCGGCCCAGCUGUGCUGUGCGGUGUGGCCAGGGUGCACUGAGUCUCCCCUGCGUAGGGUCACACCAUAGCCCUGGUGUCGCAGGCACUGCCAGCCUCUCCUUUCCCUGAGGCUUCUGAACCCUGGGACCCCAGGUGGGGUCAAAGUUAGCUUCUCUGUGUUACUGAAAAUUCCUAGUGAUGGCGGAUCCGGUCUGCCCGGAACCCUGGGACCUGUCAGCGAUUGUGUUCCUCUUGCUGAGGCACUGUGGGUGCCCUGUGGCCAGGCGGAGGCCCGCUGCCCCUCUGCUCUGUCACCUGCUCUCACCCCUGCACCCCAGCCUUUGCCCCUGCUCUGCAGGCUCCCCCUCUGGCCUCACCGUGACUCAGCCCGCCCGGCCCAAGGCGGCAGGGCCUCUCAGGGUCCCACGGCCUGCCAGUGGCGCACCUUCCCACUGUCCUUGCACACGUGCUUGCUCUCACGUCUUCUCUGACACGCAUGGGAAUUCGAAGGGACACUUCCUCCUGCGAUACUGGGGGUUGAACCCAGGCCCCGGCACAGACUUGCUGUGAGUGCGCAGCAGCUGGGCAGGGUGACAGAAGCCGGGUCACUGCCCGCACAGCCAGGCCCCGCAGAGCCACAGGCGAGCAGCCCACAUGCAUGUGGACAUAGGUGUGUGCAGUGGCUGCUAGGGAAUGUGGCCCAGGCGUGCAUGAGCCAGCAUGGUGUGCGCAAGGGCGUGCACAUGAGUGUUAGCAAGCACGGGCCAGGAGUCAGGGUGUGCAUGGCGUGUUGGGCUUGUGUAUGACCGUUCACUGCCUCUGUUCCGGACACGUGCACUGCUGCUGCUUCUCAGGCCUGCUGUGAGGCCUCUUCCCCUGGCUCCUUUCCCUUUCAGAGCUGCCUUAUGUCCCCCCCGGAACUGUCCAUGUUGGCCACGGUGCCGGGAGCAGCGUGUUCACCCUGUCCCUCGAGGUGUGGGGAGCAGCGCCAGCCACUCAUCCCUCUCCUUCCUGCACACCUCCGCUUCCUGCUGCUUCCUCCUGGUCCUUUCUGUCAUUCCCAAAUGGGCUAGGAUCCUGGGGCAGCCACAGUCUCAGAGCCAGUGAGCAGCCAGUGAGGGAGGAAGGAAAGGACACGAGGCGGGUGUGUGUGCGUUAGCCUCAGCCAGCCUUGAAUGCCUUGUUCUCCAUGAACCCUUUCUUAAUAACGGUAAAAGGUACAGCCCUAAAACUUCUUGUGGAUAUUCUUUUAAAACAUUUUUAAAGGAUGUUAUACUGUAAAAGAGAAGAAACAGGAGAGUAGUGCUGUAAGUUGGAAUCCGUUGUAUUACCUUAAAUUGAACAAAUUACCCUGGAAUUCAGUGAAGUCAGUAGAGCAAGAACUGAAAAGUACAAUGUAAAAUAUCUACCAAAAUGCAUUUUAUACAUUUUUUAUUUUGUAAUUUGGUCUAGCUAUGAGUUAGUUUAACUUAAUGGGUAUUAUUCAUAAAAUUUCUGAAAAUGACUAACUUUUUAGUAUCAUAAUAUUGCUUGAAGUGUUUGAAAGACGGUGUUUAAGUUGAAGUUGGUAUGUGCUGGUCCUCAGUGCCUGGUAGGUCAGUACAUUUCCCGUUUUUCAGAGUCAGUAGUUUCAGACAUCUUACUGUUUCUAUGUUAGAAAAUUUUAACCUCUAGGGCUGGGGAUGUAGCUCAGUGGAUCCACUGCCUGCCUCGCAAGUGCAAGGUCCCGAGUUCAAUCCCCGGUACCAAAAAAAAAGAAAAUUUUAACCUCUAAAUCAAUGAAGCCAUUAUUUUCAAAAACAUGGUGAAUUUUCUUUUAAAUGUGGAUACGUAUGUUGUAGUUUAUGAUUUCUAGUUAUGUAUUUUUGUAAGGUCCUGGAGUAACAUUGACUUUUGGGGGUUCUUGGAAAAUUUUAAAUUGCUCCAACAGUGUUGCACAGAAAUUAGCUCAUGACAUUUAACAUAUUGUAUUUAAUUAUUAACCUUAUUUAUUAAUUUACUAUGAAAUGGACACAUACCUUGUAACUGUAAUGAAACUGAACACUGCAGUUUUUCCAAUAUUUUUCCUCGCUGGAUGUGGAGAAAGAACCCUGUGGUCUGCCUACAGAUCUGCGAAGUUCUCAGGUGGAAGAGCCAUGCAGGGGUGAAGGGGAGGUCACCACCCCCCAGUUCUGUAUUAGUAUUCACCUCCCCUCAUGAAGCCUAUGAGACGGGUUUCCACUAGAUACCACCUGUGCUAAAUAAAGACCAAAACAACAUCCGAAUGACACUUAGGAUCUAAAUUUGUAGUUGUCGAAUGUGGUACUUAGUAUGUGUGUCACUAAUGCUGUAUUCUCCCUGCUGUUAUAGAGAAUUGUUCAAAUAAAGUUAUGGAUGUAAA